AUGUCAGCUGCCGCCGAAGCUUCUCAUCCCUUCCCACCGCCGAGGCCAUGUGCUCAUGACAAAUCUUUUGAAGAAAUUCCCAGCAAACCAUUUCUAAUAAUCUGCGAGCAUGUGGGCAGGCGCAAUCUCCUGGAUCACACAUUGGCCAAGCAUCCUUCAUUUGAGAGAUCUAUGCAUGCCUCAAAGCUUGCCCCCGCCAUUCUCACCCACACACCGAGCCUUACUGGCACUCAAUCAAAAGCUGUAUUACAUAUGCCCCUGGAGCUUUGGCUGUGUGUUGCUGACCAUCUGAAGCACCAUGAUGCCUUGUUCGUGAUGUUUACUUUGGAGACAAGUUCGUCAAACCCCUGA